ACCACUCCUCCUCACAAGAGAAACACCGAUUUCCCAAUCGAGUUAAGCCCGAGUCAUGGCCCUCCUACAGAUUCUCUUCACUCUUGUCAUUUUUCCCAAACCUCUCCUAUGGAACAACCACGCACACCGACAAAACGGACUCACACUAUUCAACUCCACUGACUCAGUCUCACCUCCGUCACCAUGCUUAAAGGCAAGUUCAAGCUCCCUGACAAAGCUCGCCGUGUCUUCCCCGAUCGGCUUGGAAGCUUGGUCGCGGGUCUUGAUGAUAAGGUAGAUGAAAAUGGCGUGUACGACCCGGUUGUUGAGUCCGGAGAGGAGCUCGAGUUUAUUCAGCCCAAUGGGGCCACAUUGGGUAAGGAGAGUGACUACAAAAUCCACUAUGAAUACGGCGAUGAUGGUAUUUUUGGCCUUAAUGGGAAAAUGAUGGAUAAAGAGGAUGCCAAGGCCCGGAAAAGAUCCGACAAAGAUGGACCGGGUCAGGCUUCGGUGAUGGAGGUUUUCGCCGCCGACGAGAAAAGGUCUGAUCUUGAACAUGAGCUUUCUAAGAAGGAAAUAAAUUUAGAGAAGUUAAGGAGAACUGCUAGUACUGAUCUCCCUGAGGGAGGAGGUUUACGCGCAGCAACUUGGAAGCUUCUCUUAGGUUAUUUGCCUCCUACUCGUGACUUGUGGGAAAAGGAGCUGACUGAGAACAGACAAAAAUAUGCCAAGCUAAAAGAGGAGCUUCUAUCAAGUCCCUCAGAACUCAAUAGGGUAAAUGAUGAUUCAUUGAAUUCUGAUGAGCUGAAUGCUGAAGGUGAUGUUGCUGGACCACUUAAGCGACAUGGGGUUUCUCAUGAAGAUCACCCCUUGAGUGUUGGUAAGAGUAGUGCUUGGCAUCAGUACUUUCAGCAUACAGAGAUUGCAGAUCAGAUUGAGCGUGAUUUGCAGCGUACACACCCCAACAUUAAAUUCUUUUCAGGGGACUCGUCAUUCAGUCGGAAAAACAGGGAUGCUAUGAGGAAUAUUCUUCUCCUUUUUGCAAAACUAAAUCCUGCUAUUCGUUAUGUUCAAGGCAUGAAUGAAGUCUUGGCACCAAUAUUCUAUGUAUUUAGUACUGACACUGACCAGCAGAAUGCUGCAAAUGCAGAAGCAGAUAGUUUUUCCUGUUUUGUUCGACUGCUGAGUGAUUCAAUGGAUCACUUUUGUACACAGUUGGAUAAUAGUCCAGUUGGUAUCCUAUCCACCCUUUCCCGAUUGACAGACUUACUGAAAGAAAAUGAUGAGGAAUUGUGGCGGCAUCUUGAGUUCACAACCAAGGUUAAGCCGCAAUUCUAUGCGUUCAGGUGGAUCACAUUACUACUUACUCAAGAAUUCAACUUCCAGUCCAUCUUAAGAAUUUGGGAUUCACUUCUGAGUAAUCCUUCUGGCGUUCAGGAUAUGCUUUUACGGAUCUGUUGUGCAAUGUUGCUAUGUGCGAAAAGCAGGCUGUUAAGUGGGGAUUUUGCUGCUAACUUGAGGCUUUUGCAGCACUACCCUGAUAUCAACAUAGAGCACCUUCUUCAGUUAGCUCGGGAUCUGAGUUCUGAUACUUUAUCCUGUUCCUUAUCGCUGUAAAUUAGCCGCAUUGUAUGUCAUUUGUAUGCAAAUUGUGUGUGUGUGUGUGUGUGUGUCUCUCUCUCUCUCUCUCUCUCUCUCUCUCUCUUAACAAGCUUUGUAAUGAUCAUGACAAAAAAGAUUUUGAGGAAUUGCUCCUGAGUUUCUGACGUAAAGCAAUUUUCUUUAACUUUUUAUCAUUUAUUUUUAUGCUGGCCAAAGAUGGAAGAAUGAUGGAUCCA